GGUCAUUUAUGGAAUGCAUCCUUUAAUAACGUAAAAAAUCAUAGUAAAUGGUGUCCAUAUUGUGCAGGAAAUGUCCGUCUUACUCUUGAGGAUGCUAGGCAAAUUGCACUUAGCCGAAAUGGUAGAUGUCUUUCAACUGCAUAUAGCAAUUCUAAAACUCCGAUGACAUGGAAAUGCCAUCAAGGACAUAUUUGGAAUAGUUCGUUUAAUCACGUUAAAAAUUCUGGUUCAUGGUGCUCAUAUUGUGCGGGUAUCGCAAAACUAACCCUUGAGGAUGCAAAGCAAAUUGCACGAUCUAGGGGCGGGGAAUGUCUUUCAACCGAAGAGCAAUGGUGUCCAUUUUGCAUUGGUCGUUAUCAAACAAUUGAGGAUAUGCGUAAACUUGCACGAAAAAAAAAUAGAGAUUGUCUUUCAAAUCGAUACUAUAAUUCACACAAAAAGCUAGAAUGGGUUUGUGAAAACAAACAUCGAUGGGAAGCUAUUCCUAAUAGUAUUCAACAAGGAACUUGGUGUCCAUUCUGUCCAAAAUAUAAGAGAGAAAAGCUAUGUCAUGAGAUUUUAAAAAAAUAUCUUGGCGCCCCUUCACUAAUCCGCAGGCCCGAAUUCUUAAAAACACGAGAAUAUCCAAAUAGACUAGAACUUGAUAUAUUUUAUCCGCAAUAUGGCUUUGCAAUCGAAGUACAAGGCAUACAAUACGAAAAAUAUCACAAAUUCUUUCACGGAGGAAAUCCCAAUAAUUUUAUCAAACAGCAAGCACGAGAUCAACUCAAGAAAGAAUUAUGCGAAGAAAACUGGAUUGCACUAAGGUAUGUUUGGUAUUAUGAAGACCCAUAUAUAGUUAUUCCUGAGCAUCUUCGAGAAUUGGGUCUUAUUGAGUAA